ACACUCAGCUCAUAAUAACCUCGCGGAAAACACCGCGGCCUCGGCCUCCAGAAACCCCGGCCUUGCGCAAUCCCCCGCAGCCCGCGCCUCCCUGGCCCCACGCAUUGUACUCACCCUGGGGUUUUUCCCUCUCCCCUCAGGUUCCUGCACUUGGCCAUCAUCCAUGAAGAGAGGGCGCUGACGAUGGAAGUGGUCCGCCAAGUGAAGGGAGACCUGGCCUUUCUUAACUUCCAGAACAACCUGCAGCAGACUCCGCUCCACUUGGCUGUGAUCACCAACCAGCCAGAAAUCGCCCAGGCACUUCUGGAAGCUGGCUGUGAUCCUGAGCUGCGAGACUUUCGAGGAAAUACCCCCCUACACCUUGCCUGUGAGCAGGGCAGCCUGGCCAGUGUGGGAGUCCUGACUCAGAGCUGUGGGACCCAGCACCUCCAGGCCAUCCUGCAGGCCACCAACUACAAUGGCCACACAUGUCUGCACUUAGCCUCCAUCCAUGGCUACCUGGGCAUCGUGGAGCGUUUGGUGUCCUUGGGCGCUGAUGUCAAUGCCCAGGAGCCCUGUAAUGGCCGAACGGCCCUUCAUCUUGCAGUGGAUCUGCAGAAUCCCGACCUGGUGUCUCUCCUGCUGAAGUGUGGGGCUGACGUCAACAGAGUCACCUACCAGGGCUACUCCCCGUACCAGCUCACCUGGGGCCGCCCAAGCACCCGGAUACAGCAGCAGCUGGGCCAGCUGACCCUCGAAAACCUUCAGAUGCUGCCAGAGAGUGAGGAUGAGGAGAGCUAUGACACGGAGUCGGAGUUCACAGAGGAUGAGCUGCCCUACGAUGACUGUGUGCUUGGAGGCCAGCGCCUGACGUUAUGAGCUUCACAAAGCAUCUGAAAGAACAUGGACUUGUAUAUUUGUACAAAAACAGAGUUUUAUUUUUCUAAAAAAAAAAAAAAAGAAAGAAAAAAAGAAAUCAAAAGGGUGUACUUAUAACCACACUGCACACUGCCUGGCCCCAAACAUUUGACUGUGGUGGAUCAGCCCUCAUUUUGUUAUUUUUAUGAACUUUGGAAGGGAACAAGAAAGAUCAUUGGAUUUCAAAGAAAACCUCUUUUAAAACUCACCAUUGCGGGGGUUUUUUGAGAAGGUUAUCCAAAAUCUGAUGAAAGGACUACAUUCUAUUUAUUGUCCUUUUUGAAUGAAGCCCAGCCGUGUCCUGUGACUUGUAACAAUGAGGUGUGUUGUUAAACCUUUCAGUGGUGUGGGGUUAAAAGUUGCUACCUGUCAAGGUUUGUGUUAACCCUCCUGUAAAUGGUGUAAAUGCUGUAUUUUGUUGGUAAUUAUUUUGCUAUUUCUAAGAUGUAUAUUUAUUAAACAGAUGUUUACAAACAGA